AUGGCGUCCAGUGAAGUAACAAAACUUCAGCAGCAUUUGUCAUUACUAAAGGAAGAGUACAGCAAACUUCAGAGUCAUUGUGCUGAAGUAGAGAGGAAGUAUACUCUAGCAGCAGCAUCCGCCGGCGAUCUCAGUGAAACAAGCUUCGUAGCACGGUUACUCAUGACAGUGUCAACUCUUUAUGGCAGGGAGACAUACUCAGAUAUAAAUAUCAAACUGCAAAGUAAGACCGUUCCUGGACACAAGUUCGUAUUAAAUGCUCGUUCAGAUGACUGGAAUGAGGAGGCCCUCAAAACGCUCACAGAAUUGGAUUGGUCCAAUUUGCCAGAUGAUGUUGGUUCAGCACUACUUAAAUGGUUAUACACAGAUGUGGUAGAUCUAUCUAGAGGUGAUGCUUUUGCAUUACAUCUUAUGAAAUGUGCUGCUAGCUUUAAGCUGUAUGGAUUGGUUGGAAAAUGUGAACAAGCACUUAUAACUUCAGUUGGAGUAAGGACCUGUGUCAAGUUUUAUUCAGCGGCCGAUGAAAUUGGUGCAACUGCACUUAAAGAACAUUGCUCUGGUCUGAUUUCUACACAUUGGGAUGAUCUUACAGGUGACGACUUUGCCCACAUGUCUUCUGCGUUGCUAUACCGCAUGCUGAAGAGUAAGACGCCGCAGCCGCUGCAUGGCGCUGUGCGGCUUAUGCGAGAGGACGUGGUCUUCCUGUGCCUUGUUGAGAACCAUGCCAAUCUUACAGACAUCGUGAAUGCAAUGUCUCCCCGUGGGGAACUGCCGCUCGAGUUGGCUCUGCGCGGGCGAAGCGCUUCAAUAGCGACUACUCUAUUGCAACAUUGCGCCGAUUCAGACGCACGAGGGCCACGCGGACGAACGUUGCUGCAUAGAGCUGUCGAUUCAAGGGAUGCCUUCUCUGCUAGGUUUCUCGUGGACAACGGAGCCGACACCAGUCUCACAACUAAAGAGGAAGGCGACACUGUACUGCAUCUUAUUGCGGCACUCACAUCCAGCUCCUGCGACCCUGAAACCAUGGAACAGAUGAUUGAGAUAGCAGAAACGGUCGUGCAAAAGGGCGCCGACAUCAAUCGUCAAAACAGAAAAGGAUUCACUCCUCUUCAUCAAGCAGUUAUAUCAAGAAAUCAAAGAAUUUUUGAUCUCUUGCUCAAGCAGGCCAACUUGGACACCAAUCUACGUACUCUAUCAGACGAACAUCCGCCUCUGUAUUAUGCUCUCGUUGACGACAGACGUGCCUCGAUCUCCUCCAGUGAGACUUUAGUUAUGAACGGAUCCAAUCCCUUCGAUACGCCGGUGACCAACAAAAACGCCUUUACCGAAGACCCGGUGGAAGGCAAAACAGAAAACAUCAUAGAAAGAGGUUUCGCUGCGAAACUACUGGAAAAAGGGUGUCAACCAAAUCCACUAUAUUCUGGCUCUGGAGAUAGCCUACUACAUAUAUUAAUUCAAGGAUGGUUUGAGGACUCCGCAGUAUUUUUAGUGUCGCACUUGAAUGGAGAUCUAAAUCAUAGCAAUGAGGCGGGCCUUACGCCACUUCAUGCAGCUUGUGCUAAUGGCCUCACACGACUAACAGCCGCUCUCCUGGAGCACGGCGCUCGGCACAAUGUGCAGACUGCGUACGGCGAGCAUGAAGACACCGUCUAUCGACAAACCCCCCUACAUUUAGCCGUCCUAAAUAACCAUGAAGGUGCUGUACUAGCCAUCAUCGAACACAAGAAACUUGUGGAAAAGGGCGAUUUGCCAGCUGCGGACAGGAGCAACGUCAGUCUUGUGCCGAAUUUGAAUCUGAAGAAUUCAGAGGGAGACACUCCUGUGAGCCUUGCGCUUACUGAGGGGCACAAGCAUCUCGUCGCACCACUAAUCGAAGGUGGAGCUGAUCCAAAUAUUCGUAAUGGGAAAGGAUUUACACUGUUACACCAAGCCAUUGUUGAAGAAGAUUCUAGAACUGCAAUCUAUCUACUGGAUCAUGGAGCUGAUAUGAACGCAUUGACGGACGGCGGCGAGACGCCGCUGCAGCUGGCGAUCCACUGCCGGCUGGGGCUGGUGGUGGAGGCGCUGUGCGUGCGCGGCGUCGACAUGAGCCGCCUCGACGCGCACGGCGUGCCGCCGCUCUGGGCCGCGCUCGACUCUGCCCAGGAAGAAGUGGCCAGCAUUCUUGUGAGAAACGGCGCUGACGCUGACUGCUGGGGUCCCGGUCCCGAUGGAUGCCUACAAACUUUAUUGCACAAGGCGAUCGACGAGAACAAGGAGACGUUGGCGACAUUCCUGAUUCGUGCGGGCUGCGACGUGGAAUGUACGCGGCGCGUCGGCCCAAAUGGCGAAGGCGCCGAAGUGGCGUCCGAGCGUCACACACCGCUGCAUCUGUGCUGCACCUGGGGCCUCACCGACGUCAUACAGACAUUACUGGAACACGGUGCCAAUAUAAAUUCAAAAGACGCUGAAGGUAAAACGCCGUUACACAUUGCGAUCGAGAAUCAGCAUGCGGGUAUCAUUUCACUGCUGUUAUCGCAGCCCGGAAUAGAUUUGUCCGCGAGAGACAAUAAAGGAGUUUCGCCUUUUGCAGCUGCACUAACAGCUAGAAAUAAUAAGGCAGCCCAAGCUAUACUUGAGAAGAAUCCGUCAGCAGCUGAACAGGUGGACAAGAAGGGGCGCAACUUCUUGCACGUGGCGAUCCAGGCGUGCGACGUGGAGAGCGUGAUGUUCCUGCUAUCGGUGGAGGUGGACGUGAACUCGCGCGUGCAGGACGCCACGCUGGCGCCGCCGCUGCACCUGGCCGCGGCGGCCGGCAGCGAGCUGCUGCUGCGCUCCCUGCUGCUGGCCGGCGCGCGCCCCAACGACCGCGACGCGCACAAGCGCAUGGCGCUGCACGUGGCGGCGGCGCACGGGCACGCGGCCAUCGUGUCGGCGCUGGCGGGCGGCGGCGCCGAGUGCGGCGCGGCCGACGCGCGCGGCGACACGGCGCUGCACGUGUGCGCGCGCGAGGGACACGCCGCCGCCGCGCGUGCGCUGCUCGCCGACACCGACAUCGACGCCGCCGCCGCCAACCUCAAAGGUCGUAAUCCUCUACAUGAACUGUGCUGGUGCAAAAAGGACAACGCGGCCACUAUUUGCGAAAUAUUUUUAGAAUUUAUGCCCGACUAUCCAAUCAACAAAACGGAUUUGCAGGGUAAUACUCCACUGCUACUCGCCUAUAUGAAUGGACAAGCCGCCAUGUGUAAGGUGCUCGUACGAGCUGGUGCGUGCCUAGCGCAAGAAAAUAAAGAUGGGAUCUCCAUAUUUAAUUAUCAGGUGGCUACGAAGCAACUUCUGCAUCGGCUAUUAGACGCCCUGCCCUCAGAAGCACCUUGGGCCGAAAGCGACUUAUGCCAAGAAUGUGGCACCAAGUUUACUCUAACCAUGAGGAAACAUCAUUGCCGUCAUUGCGGUCGCAUGCUAUGCCACAAAUGCUCAAACCAAGAUGUGCCCAUACUAAAAUUUGGCCUCAACAAACCACAACGAGUGUGCGAGAUAUGCUUCAACGUAUUACAAGUUGGGGCCAGUUAG